UCCCUCGCUCGCUCGCUCAGGGCUACAGGCGGCUCGGGCGCAGCCGCGUGCUCUGCCAGCUUGCCAAGCUGGAGCCGGAGCCGGGCGCAGAAGAGCCACCUCUUACGAGUCCUUCCCCGCCUCGCCCUGUGCGCCCAGGCGCCGCGGUUUGCCGCCGCCUCCCUUUUCCUUUUCCGCCGCCUCCUCCUCCUCCUCCUGCCGCUGGGCUGCCCCGGGGAUGUCGCUCGGCGUGAAGGGACCCGGGGCUCCUGCACUCGCCUGCCCCCGCCGCAGGGACGACUGAGAGAGCUGUGAGAAACUGGAGCUGGCAAAAGGACCCUGAUGGCUUUCCUUUGCAGCACAAAGUGCUUGUAGUUACACCAGAUUGCUUGACAUCUGCUAGACGUGACACUGUCUUCUGGUACUCCAGGUUAUACAUGUCUUGCCUUUUAUCUCAGAGAGCCCAAAGUGAGUGAACACCACGGGGGAAGCUUGGCUGAUUCCAAAGGGCAACCAGGACGCCACGGCUCCACCUGACGCGAUGGCCCAGCCCUACCCGCCAGCCACGUACCCUCCGCCCCCGCAGAAUGGCAUCCCUGCAGAGUACGGACCUCCACCACACCCGCACCCCGCACAGGACUACUCAGGGCAGAGCACAGUACCUGAGCAUGCCUUGACUCUCUAUACGCCAGCACAGAGCCACACCGAACAGCCAGGCACUGAUGCCAGCACGCAAUCCAUAGCAGGCACACAAACAGUCCCGCAGACAGAUGAAGCGGCACAGACAGACAACCAGACGCUACACCCGUCGGAGAGCGGCUCUGACAAGCAGCAGCCCAAACGGUUACACGUUUCCAACAUCCCUUUCCGCUUUCGGGACCCUGAUCUGCGGCAAAUGUUUGGGCAAUUUGGAAAGAUCCUGGAUGUUGAGAUCAUUUUCAAUGAGCGCGGUUCCAAGGGUUUUGGGUUUGUAACUUUUGAAACUAGUGCAGAUGCCGAUCGGGCACGGGAGAAGCUGAACGGCACCAUCGUAGAGGGACGCAAAAUUGAGGUGAACAACGCCACCGCACGAGUCAUGACCAACAAGAAGGCAGCCAAUCCCUACACAAAUGGCUGGAAGUUGAACCCUGUGGUAGGCACCGUCUAUGGCCCCGAGUUCUAUGCAGUGACAGGUUUCCCGUACCCAGCCACAGGAACGGCAGUAGCAUACCGGGGGGCACACUUACGGGGACGGGGGCGCACAGUCUACAACACGUUCCGGGCAGCUCCCCCACCCCCACCCAUCCCUACUUACGGAGCUGUGGUAUAUCAGGAUGGAUUCUACGGUGCUGAAAUUUAUGGGGGUUAUGCAGCCUACAGAUACGCUCAGCCAGCAGCAGCGGCGGCAGCAGCUUACAGCGACAGGGUUGGCAACUCCGCGAUCCCCCAGUUUCUAACGCUGCCCCCUGUGUUCGCUCCUAGUUACGGCAGAGUUUAUGCAGCUGCAGAUCCAUACCACCACACCAUCGGCCCUGCAGCAACCUACAGCAUUGGCACUAUGGCUAGUCUAUACCGAGGAGGGUACAGCCGCUUCACUCCCUACUAGCAAGACAGACCCAGCCCCUCCUCACAGUAGUAACACUGACUGCUCCUUAGAAACCAAACCAAAAUGAAAUGGACACGGGCCCCCUGCCGCCCCUGCCCCCCCCCGAGGGCUGCUGGCCCUCAGCAGCCUAAACCACAUAUUUCGUUACCUCAAGCCGCCUCUCAUGUCUCACACCCCACCUGUCUCUGAUGGUGUAUAGCCAAGUUCAUUUUUAUUUUGCAAAGCUACCAGCCAGGGGGUUGGGACAGGUGCCCGCUUUCACCAGACAAAAGCAAGCAAGCAAGCAAAACACCAGCAAGCAGAACCUCCAGGCCAGACGCCUGCUUCCCCAGAGGCCAUCCAGCAGCUAAGCGUUCUUGCCAGACCCACUUCUGUGAGCCCUGGGACCCACUGGCACACAGGGUAGGCCCCAAUCAAGCAUCCUGUAUUGGCUGGAUGAACAUCCAGGUCUCACAUGGGUUACAGUUAACAAAACUCAGGAUUUCACUUUCCCUCAUAUGGAAAUUGCGUUUUUUUUCCCUCACAUAGUGUCAGUGCCACUAAAGCAAGCUGGGGGGGGGGGGGUUGCCAAGAGGCACACAAAUACACCUGGGGUCUCUAACCCUGACCAUUUGCUCCAGUGCUUAGACAGGCAGGUCACCUCCAUGUCACCACAGGAAGGCUCUUGCUUCCUGUGUCCCCACAGGUAGACAUCUCUGCAGCCUCCCAGCACUACAGUGGUAUCCAGAGCGAGGGGAGGUGGUGGAGACCUACAGUCAUGCUGACUUCAGGAGGGGCUGGAGGACGUUCUAGCUUAGUAUCCCCCAAAGUUUACGACGAUAGGGUAAGAAAAGAGGAAGCUCCACAGCAGUGGUAGAGAUGCCCCAGAGUUCACGGGGCUGCCUGGCAGACCUCCUUGGCAUUCCUCCAGGGCCGUCCCCUCCUUUCAGAUUUUAGUCUUGUGGCCCUAUGAAGGAGCUGGAGGGACCAGCCCCUGAGUGGGCUGAAUGAUCCUGGCUCCUUCUUUAGUGUUAGGCCAUCGGUUCCAUAUGGAAGGCAGGCAAGACUUCUUGAUCUACCAGCCAAACAGAGAUUGGGGGGGGGGAGGAUGGCCAAUGGUGUGAAGGAUGCUGAGGGACCAAGGCCAGCACCCCAUGUCCCAGGUAGACUGUUUUGAACCAGGAGGCCUUCAGAGAGCAGGUUACCCUCUUCCAACCCUGUCUGCUGCCACAGCUCCCCCUGCCUGACCGCCCCCACCCCCACCUCCCCGUCUCAGGCUACUGCCUGCAGGUUGCUCCAUGGAACGUUCU